AGGUUGUAGCCAAUCACAAGUCAGCUUUACGUAUAAAAACAAGUGAUCAUGUUGUUGUUUGGUAAAGUAUGAGAAGAGAGAGGAAGAGAAAGAGGAAGCAGAGGCUCACAUGAUGGCACUUUUUCUGGUAUCCAUCUUACUUGCUGCCGUUCCUGUGGCUUACUGCUACCCUACUGUCUUCCAACACCUGAAGGAUAAUGGCACAAACAGAACCUCCAUCAAGUUCCUGGCUGUAGGAGACUGGGGUGGAGUACCUUAUUGCCCCUAUGUCACCGCUGUGCAGAAGGCGACUUCUCGAGAAAUGAGCAAGGUGGCAGAGCAGAUGGGAGCUGACUUCGUUCUGGCCCUUGGUGAUAACUUUUACUUCAGAGGGGUUGACAAUGUGGAUUCCCAUCGGUUUAAGGACACGUUUGAGUCUGUGUACACUUCAGAGUCUCUGAACAUCCCUUGGUAUGUUCUUGCUGGUAACCAUGACCAUGCAGGAAAUGUCAAAGCCCAGAUUGAGUACAGCAAAAUAUCUGACCGCUGGAAUUUCCCAUCAUACUAUUAUGAGCUAAACUUCCACAUCCCCAACACGGGGAAAACUUUAACAAUCAUCAUGCUCGACACCGUAAUGCUGUGUGGAAAUUCUAAUGACUUCUUGGAUCAGAAGCCAAAGGGCCCCCGUAACGUUAGUGAUGCGAACCGUCAACUGGUGUGGCUGCAGGAGAGGCUGGCUCUGAACAAAGCAGACUUUCUGCUGGUGGCAGGUCACUAUCCUGUGUGGUCAGUGUCUGAACAUGGCCCCACAAAGUGUCUCCUGCAAAAGCUUCAUCCUCUGCUCAACAAAUACAAAGCCACUGCAUACCUCUGUGGUCAUGACCAUAAUCUGCAGUACAUUGAAGAGUCAGGUGUGGGCUAUGUAGUGAGCGGUGCUGGAAACUUCCUGGAUCCCGAUGCCAGUCACUGGAACCAUGUUCCAAAAGGGUCUGUGAAGUUCUUCACUGGCCAAGCGUCAACACUUGGAGGCUUUGUUCACGCAGAAGUUACAAAGAACCACAUGAUCCUGACCUUCUACCAGGCUAAAGGCACUUCACUCUAUCGCACUGUCCUCCCCCAAAGGAACUUCGAGUAGAAAAAGUUUUACGUGUAAGCUUAAUGUAUGGAAAAAAAAUAAAUGGUUUGUAAAGAA